CAGAUAAAGUCAAAAACGCCCCCCUCUUUUCCCAGCCAUGCAAACUGCGGGAUGAAGCUGGAAGCUGUGGUCGAGCAGCUGCAGAAGCAGCAGCAGAAGCAGCAAACGCCUCUGCAGAUGGAUUCCAGGGAGAGACAGCAGAGGCAGAUGAGAGAAGCCCAGCUGCUCUACACUCAGCAGCUGGCUGUGCAGCAGGCUGUCCUAGCAGCCACAUCUGGCAGGGCUUCGGGCGGCUCCGCUGUUGGUGCCUUGGCCAGAGGCCCACCUGCAGCUGGAGCUACACGGUCUUUUGAUCAGAGCAGCAUGAAUUCAGAGCCAGAAGAGGAAGAAGAGGAUGAAGACGAGGAGGAAGAGGAGGAGGAGGAGGAGGAAGGGGGUUUGGAAGGUGGAGAUCUUGAGGAUGGUGCUGAUAUGACUGGAAAAGAAACCUGCUCUGCUCUGAAAUAUUUUCAUGCUCCCAAAGUUGCCCAUCACAACCAAAGAGUGGCCUCUACCUCUAAUCCUCUUCCAGCUUCGGGGCAUCAGCGGGGAAAGCAGGGCAAAGAAGAACAGGGUAAAGACACUACUAAGCAACCACGUUCCGGUUCCCCGUCUGGACGCCAGAACUGGCGGUUGGACGAGCAGCUCAAACAGAAUGGCAACGUGGCCUGGAGUGAUGAAGGUGAUGGAUGCCGAGGAAGAGAAAUUUCACGAGACUUUGCCAAGCUCUAUGAACUGGAUAGUGACCCUGAACGGAAAGAGUUCCUGGAUGACCUCUUCAUCUUUAUGCAGAAGAGGGGAACUCCCAUCAAUCGAAUCCCCAUCAUGGCAAAGCAGAUCCUGGAUCUCUACAUGCUCUACAAGCUGGUGACUGAGAAAGGAGGGCUGGUGGAAAUCAUCAACAAGAAGAUCUGGCGAGAGAUCACCAAAGGCCUUAAUCUGCCCACCUCCAUCACUAGUGCCGCGUUCACACUUCGCACCCAGUAUAUGAAGUACCUAUAUGCCUACGAAUGCGAGAAGAAAUCCCUUAGCUCUCCUGCUGAGCUGCAGGCUGCAAUCGAUGGCAACAGGCGAGAAGGCAGGCGGCCCAGCUACAGCUCCUCUUUGUUCAGCUACUCGCCCACCGCCACGGGGCCUCCUUCCCUACUGUCUCCCCCAAAGAUCCGCUUCCCCAUCAUUGGUGUCGCGCCAGGCAGUGGGACCAGCAAUCCUCGGGUGUCUCCAGCAGCUGCUGUCAGAAAAGGUGACGGUGUGCCCUUGACUGUGUCUAUGCCAAAUCGUAUUGCUGUGCCAGUGACCUUGGCUAGCCAGCAGGCAACCGUGGCAGCAAGAACAGCCACCCUGGAGCAGCUGAGGGAGAGGCUGGAGUCAGGAGAGCCUCCGGAGAAGAAGGUCUCGCGGAUGACAGAGGAGGAGCAGCGGCUUGUCCAGCAGGCUCUUCAGCGCAACCUGUUCAGCAUGGCGCGGCAGAUCCCCAUGAAGAUCAAAAUCAAUGGCAAGGACGACAAACCGGACGCGGCGGCGCUGAAUUUGUCACCGAACGGCAUUGGGAGCAUUAACAUGUCGGUGGAGAUUAACGGCACAAUUUAUGCUGGAGUGCUUUUUGCCCAGAAGCCAGUCGUCCAUCUCAUUGCCGGCUCCAGCACCCAAAGUUCCAGCAGCAGCAGCAGCUCCCACUGCUCUCCCAGCCCUACCUCAUCCCGGGGAACCCCCAGCGCAGAGCCCUCCACCAGCUGGUCUCUCUGAUGGACGGCCGAGCCUGCUGUCUCACACUGGCCCCCAGCAGCUCUUCCUCUCCGCUCUUGGCAGGGAGCGAGCCGGGAAGGAGUCGCACAGAUUACCUCAUCUCAAGGAACCUCCUUUUGUGGUUGGCCAACGGCAAGAUGAUGAUGAUGCUGAAACCUU